AUGCAAAAGUUCAUUUGCAUGUUACCUUGGAAGCAGGGGCGGGGACGGUCUGAAAAUUCAGCUGCCGAAAGGGUGGAUGACUUUACAUCAUGCUCAGAAUAUGGAACGACGUUUAAAGUUGGAGCGGCCUCCUAUGUCAUUGCCGCUACUCCAUGCCGGUCACUUCCUACCAGCAGGUUCGACAAAAUCAAGAGAAAACCCACUCGCCGUGGACUCGCUACUGUCUUUGUUGUCCCGGCCUCUGGUAAAGAUGUUCGUGCGAUAGUAAACCUGAGCUGGCUUGUGCAAGCGUUGGAGGAUUACGAAACGGUCGAUGAUGUCUUCGAUCGAUCCUUCUUGGCCACCGUUGUCUUCAAUGGUGGGGGCAAACGGAAGCCAAAAAUCACUCCGGCGGCAAAGCAGUACCUCACCAAACUGGGAACCCGCGAUGUGGUGUUAUGCUCGGGUGUUGCUGAUCUCCCGCCAGGACCGUAUUAUAUAACAGGGCAUCAGCUGCGAGAUGUUUGGAAACUCGAAGAUGACACAUAUGGCACUAGCAUGGUGGCGGUAGCGCCCAAGUCUGAGUCAUUCGAACCCUUUCAGCCCCUUCCCUGGAUUGACUCGAGCCACCAGUUUCCGAGCUUUGCUCUUCCAUCCAGGAUCAAGACAGGAACCGGCCAUGAGCCCCAGUCAAAAUCUCUGGCUGGGUGGAGAAUACUUGUCAAGGACAAUAUCAAUCUACAAGGAACGAAGACCUCCCAAGGAAACAAGGCAUACUAUGACACCUAUGGCCCUUGUACGAAAAAUGCACCAUGCAUCCAAAAGUUAGUUGACAAGGGGGCGGUAAUAGUGGGCAAGACAAAGAUGAACUCCUUUGCAAACUGGGAAGAGCCAAUUGAGUACGUUGAUUAUCAAGCCCCCUGGAACCCGCGUGGUGAUGGAUAUCAGUCCAUGGGCGGAAGUAGUUCCGGAAGUGCGGCGGCUGUUGCAGCAUAUGACUGGCUUGAUAUCGCGAUCGGGACGGACACAUGGGGUAGCGUCACUAGACCGGCACUGUGGUGCGGUUGCUUCGGCUUGCGUCCCACUCAGGGUGCCGUUUGUGGAGACGGAAUCGAUCCGUUCUGCAAGGAAUGGGAUACGGCCGGUCUCCUGGGAAGGGAUCUGCAGCGAUGCAUAGAAUUCGCUGCGCAAUGGCUAGAUGUGGGGAAAAUGGAGACGGAACCGAAGCCUUUCACCUCCAUUAUCUUCGCCAGUGACUUCUGGAGUAUCAUUGACGCACGACAAGUCAAGACCGCGCGGGAAUUCGCCAGUAAAAUGGGAUCCAUCCUGGGUGUCGACUUCGUUGAUGUUUCCUUCGAGGCCACCUGGGCUGCGUCGCCCCCGCUAGAGGCCCGUGGUCUUUCACUUACAGAGUUUAUCAACGGCGCAGCAACCGCCCAAUGCUACGACGCUUAUCAUAGCUGCGAGGACUUCCGUGAGAGAUACCGAAAGAAAUUUGGCCGCACACCAUACGUUUCCCCCCGGAACCAGGAUAUGUGGGAGUUCGCAAAGAAAAUCACUCGGGAAGAGCGAGACCUUGGCUUCCGUAAAACGGAUGUGUACCGUAAAUGGUUCAACAACACCAUUUUGAAAGGGAAACACUCCAAUGCGCUUGUCAUGAUGCCGCUGGAAUCAAUGGGCCCCAGGUAUCGGGAUGAAGUUCCAACUUUUCGCCGACCACCUCAGGGCGGAAUUAAUGCGUUAGGCUUGGCGCCAGUGAUGAGGUCUCCGGUUCUGGCUGUUCCUAGUGAGCCCAACCCCAGUUCCCAAAAACACCAAUAA